CAUUCGCAGGAGGGCGGAUGUUCCAUCAAUUUUAAUGCAAAUACGCGGAACAGCUCAUUUUUCUGCUAUUUAAGUUCUUUGGUUGGUAGUAGUAGUAAGUUGGCGUAGGUCUAGUGUCUACACGCUUUCCUACAAUUAUUAUAAACAUUAAAAAAAGCACUGAGUCAGAUGGCAGUUUCUAUUUGUCCAUGUGCCAAUGAACAUAAUGAUAAAGCAAGGAAGGUUCUGGAAGAUGGAACAUAUGAUAACAUUAUACCGGCUUUCUUACUUGCAAUAAAGCGGUGGACAGUCAUCACAUUUGUUUCAGUAUAUAGUAUUUUAGUCUAUCAUCUGACCCAGUCUCUACUGCAAACUGGAAUACUAAUUGUCGCCCUCUACAAUUUACUAUUCGCUGUACUAUGGUAUGUCAUGCAUAGAUUAAUAAAGGGCCCCCUGCUUGCAGAUAUGGAUGAUGUACAAGUGAAUUACCAGUCCUCGGAUAAAACAAACUUCUGGGUUGCAGUUACAGACUCUGACAUAGUAAUAGGAACUGUUGCCAUUACAGUAAAAGAGAAGCAGGAAAGUGUGGCAUACCUACGCAGGAUGGCGGUAAGCAGAGAAUACCGCAGACUAGGCAUAGCAAAAAGACUUUUAAAAGUUGCACUGGAGUUUUGUGAAUCUAAUGGUUAUAAUCAAGUUGAGCUUAUCACGACAGAGGUCCAGGCUCCUGCACAAAGACUUUAUGAAAGCUUUGGUUUCCAGGUUGUGGAUCGUUGGCCAAGGAAAUACAAGGGAUUCGUUUUGUGGACUUACACUCUACUUCUACAUCUGUGAUGACAAUAUGUAAAGAAAUUUUGUAUAAAAAAAAUCAUGGUUGGUAACCAAUAAUGUUAAUCCAGCUCUUUGGAUCUCUAUGAAAACAACCUUGGCAACCAACGUUUAUGUAUGUAUGUAUGCGCAUGUCCUGUCAAUCGUGUCUUCUGAGUGUUGUUGGUGGCUCUCAACGUGCUUUUGCUGUAAAUUCAAGAGAUAUUUCUAGUAAUUUACCUUCUAUUAUUCGUCUGAUAAGAUAAAAAAAAAUCCAUCAAGACAAUAGCUGUCAGCUAUGUGUUACAAAACUGAUAGUUGAUUUCGGAGUGAAAUUUGAAAUCGAUUAUUAUUAAACUACAGCGUAUUAUUCGUCGACGCUUGCACGUAAACAAAAUACGUUGGUAUCCUGCAAUUUAUUAACUUUUAUCUGGCACCAAGGACACGCAACGGUACACUCUUCCAUCAUUUGUUUUUCUUAUAAUACGAAUACCAUGCCUCGAAGAAACACGGUAACUAAUAGUGUCGAUAAAGACUUUCAACAGCUCGGUGUUACCAAAAACAUCGUGAAUUCAUACGGAAAUUUCCUGCUAAAUAGACGGUGGUUGGCUACCGUUGUGAUAAUCGUCUUGAUUGUGUUCACGUUAACGCAUUCCGUACGUGCUGUCUUCUUAUCUGUCGUUGGAAUAUGCCUUGCCGCUUUGACCAUCUGUGUCGUGUACUAUAUAGCCGUAGACAUCUUCAUUCGAGUUUGCCUUACAAUCAAGUCCAUGAUAUUUUCAUAAGUGUACAUAGUCUGUUUAUUAGGCGUAUAUCAACGUGAGAGUCAACGAAUAACAUUUGUCAAGUAACAAAUUUACCAAAGAAGCUCUUUAAAGCAACAUUCGUACCUUUUUGUCACUCAGUGGACAUUUAUAGAAUUGAAGCUAUUUUGGCGCUAUUUAUAUGUUGAGAUUAGCAAAUAAUGAAAUCGCUCAACCAAAGUUAUUUUGACGAAUAUUUUUUUUAUUUUUUUCUACAAACAAUGAUAUUUAUGUGUAGGCCUAGGCCUAUAGGUGGAAGAUAUAAACAAUUAUUUACAAAGAUUAUGUACGUCUACAAUACUUUGCCAUAUAUGUAAUAUCAUUGGCUCUUUCAUUAAUAUAAUAGUUGACGUAAUGAUUAAUUUCGUUCAUUUUAUUAAUCCUUCCUAUGCUUGGUCAAAAUUCAUCCAGAAAUUACCAUCUUGUAUUAAAUUGGCCUACUUAUUGCUAUGCCGUGACUAAGUAAAAGAAAUGUAUAAUGCUUAAGAAUGAGGUGCCCACAACAACUCAAUUUACGUUUUACUGAGGUAGAUUGUUCAUUUCCUAUGGUUCCCUUUCCCACAUCUUCCUACAAUCCAAUCGUGAUCGAAUAAUACGUUAAUAUUUCCGUUAGGAACAACGUGGUUCGAAUGCAAACCGAGGUACUAUAAUACAUUGACCUUGAGCACCGAUUUAAGACACUGGUGAGUGCGGGCGUUUGUUGUGCAAAAUGAGUACUGUAAUACAUUGCCCUUGCGCACCGAAUUAAUGGGCCAAACGCAAAAUGCCUGACGCAAACACAAGAAAUAUGUACGCAAAAUUCUUGACGCAACUUGACACAAAAGGCAUCUGUUUUGCUAAUGUCUUUUCUUUUCCACAUUGUGAAAAAGUUUAGCUCCGUCACACUUAUGUACGUCA